GAGGUACAAAAAUGUCGGAGUGGCAGAGUCGCAAGUCGCAGAACUCAGAGUCAGUCUCAGGUCAGGUCAGUCUUAGUGUUUUGUGGUUUCUUGUUUCGUUGGUUAAUUGUGGAUGCAUGAGAAGAAAAAUCGGAAAAUAUUUUGUUCUACUGUUCAAAGUGUGAUGAAAUAACUAUUUGUACCUAGGAUAUACAAACCUCAACCAACAUUGGCAUAUUAUCUUGACAUAUAAAGAUGCGUAGAAGAAGCACUCGUAGUGCAAGAGCUACAGAGAAGCAGUCAGGCAGUGAAUCAAACCAGAAGGAUACUAGAAAACAGCAAAAUGAUGCUGCAGUAAGUGAUUCUAAAAUAGAUGAAAAAAAUGGAAAUCAACAAGGAGCUUCUGAAGAAGCUGCCAGUAAAACACCAACUGGCUCACCCAGAAAGACUAGGAGACGACCAGUGUUGUGGAAACAUAAUAAGGGAGAUGAACCAGCAGAAACUACUCAAAAUGAUACUAGUAGUCAGGAUAAUUUAGAUCACAUAGUAUCUGAAACUGAUGAACAGCUCAAUGAUGAUGCGAGAGACAUCCAAGAAGAUAAUGUACAGAGUAAUACAUACAACUUCGAUGGAGAUUUACAGAAAAUACAUAAACAAAAUGUUGAGGAAACAAAGGAUGAAGGUAAGUGUAGUGAGUCAAAUAUUCAAACCAACUGUACACCAGAUGCUCAGAAUGAAACUGUAAAUGAUAAUGUACAGGGGACAACAGAAUCGCCCCCUAAAGGUACAAAUCCUGAUGAACAUAAUGUGGAAAAUUGUAUUGAGGAUGAUAUGACCAAUGAAGAUAAUGAAGCAAGUGCUAUAAGGAAACCAGAAGAUCAUCAGAAUAUGACCAUGGAGAGCUCUAAGGAGAGGGAACCAAAUGAAUUAGAACAUCAUUUGCAAGAUAUGAACAAAGAGAGUGAAGCCACUGAAUCAGAAAAUGAUGAGAGGACCAAAGGUAGCUUGAGGGAGAGUGAAGCAAGUAUUGCAUAUGAACCAGAACAGGAUAAUUUUCAAAGUGAAUACAGUACUGAGAAGUCAGAUAAGGUGAAAGAUUUGAAACAUGAGCAGUUUGAAACUUCUAAGAAAACCAAACUACAACUCCCAAAUGAAGAAGAUAAAUCUAUCAAAUUACCUCCUAAAAAAAUCACCUUGAAGAGAUUGCAAAGCAAGGUCACAUUACAGAACAACAAGCCAGAAGAUAAGGAAAAAAGUACCAGUGAAAAUGAUUCAUCUGUGACGCCAAGUAGUAGUACAGAAGUGUCAACUGGUAAAGAGGAACUGGCUAGCUCAGAGACAGAUAAAAUGUUGAAAAGACGUCACAGUGAUGCAGUGGCUGAAAAUAAGGAAGAGAAAAAAAGGAGGAGUAGUGUUACAAGUUGUGAGAAUAAAACUGAACUAGAAGCUAAGGUCCGUAAACAUCAACCAAAAAUACAUUUGAUCCGACAAAGAUCUUUUGUUGAAAAUACAACAGAUGAUGCCAUUGUACCAAAACCCAAAAGGCCAGCUCUUUGGGGAUGCUCUUCAGGUUGGUUCUCCAAUAUAAAUGCAUCCCUGUAUAAAAUAGAUGUAGAUGCUGUGAAAAUUGUAUGUCCUACAAUUGAAUUUUUGAAAGAAGAUGACGUCAAAUUGGAUCCUGUACCUAAAGAAAAGGAGAAGAAAGAAGUUGAAAAAAUGAUAGAGAGUUGGAGUGUAAGAGAUGAUGCAGAGAUGAGUGAAAACCGAGAAGAAAUGGAGGCGACAUCGGCGAAUCCAUUCACGCACAACAGAAAGGUCAGCAUCAUAGAAGAUUCCUUUCGGAAUGGUGAGCAACCCAUGCCAAACAGCGAGCCUACCAUGUCGAUACUAGCACCUCCAAGAGCGCCUAGUCCAGCAAAAAACCCUGUAUCUCCAGUACUUCUUAUCACCAACUUAGUCCGCCCGUUUACCAUCAAACAGCUGAAAGAACUGUUGCAGAGGACUGGAAAGAUUGUCGAAGAUGGAUUUUGGACAGAUAGGAUCAAGUCGAAAUGUUAUGUGCAGUAUGAAACUGAAGAAGGAGCAGUGGCAACACGGAAUGCCCUCCAUGGAAUCAACUGGCCAAUAAGCAAUGGGAAGAAGCUCAAGAUCGAUUUUGCUACUGUGGAGGAUCUGGAAAAGGCAAAGAAUCCUGUGACAGUUGCUACACUUGUUAUAGACCCUGUCAAUGAAAAAGAGAACAAGCACUCACUAGGUGAUAGGAAGGAAAAACCAGAAGACGUAAAACCACGGGAUUUAGUCAAAGACUGGGAGCUGAAGAAAGUAGAUCCACGAAAGCGAUCAAGGAGUAGAAGCAGAGAAAGGGUGAGGAAACACUCUAGGAGGUCUUACACCCCGGAAGGUUUGCCAAAGAAACAUAAGAAACACGAUGAUGAUGUACCUCAAAAAUUAAUGGACGAUUUAUUUUUGAAAACAAAAACAACACCAAGUAUUUAUUGGCAGCCCCUUUCUCCAGAAGAGAUCGCUAAAAAGCAACAUCAACGUCUGGUCUGCAUGGAAGAAUACAAGCGCAGAAUUGAAGAGAAGAGAGAACGAAUUAGAGAAAGUCGGCACGGAGCAUACAGGCGGCGCUAAUUUUCCUUUAUUUACAGGCUUUACUAAAUUUUAUUAAUCGAUUACGAUCGAAUGUUGUUCAGUCGGUUUUCGGUUCGGAUUCGUUGAAAAAACUGAAUCAAAUGUUUUUAAAUGUUGGGUUGUGAGGUCUGAAAAUGGAAUGGAACCAUGCAUACUCUCAUGUCUUCCGUUAUGAAUUUCAAAAAUCACCGUUCAGUUCAAAUGAACGCGUAUUAAUGCAAUCUGUAGCAAAUAUUGAUUUUCCCAUAGCAAUUAUCAAUUCUUCAGAAAUAUGUAAGUUGCCUAUGUAUUGGUUACAUUUUUAUUUAAACCUACUGAACUCAACAUUACAAAACACUUCUUUCUUGAAAUUCGAAAUCUACCAACUUGGGUAGUGUAAAUGUUUGAAUGAUUGCAAAGUGAGCGGAAUCCGAUUUUUCAUCGUGGUUAGCGUGAAAGAAAUGCGUGAAAGUGUGAUUUCAGUAAUAUUUGCUUUUUAUAGGAUUUCGCCGUGGGAUCUACGACGAAAGUGAGAAGCAGGUGAUAUGAAACAGUCGUUCGUUUAUUUGUCAUCCAUCGCAAUUUAAUUUCUGUUCCAGUCUUUUUACCUAAACUGGAUAUUUAUUUCCGAUAGGUAGUUCACAGUUCUUAUAGUUUGUAAAAAGCAGUGAGUCAAGUUUAAAAAUAUAUUCCGUAAUAAUUA